AUGAAACCCGCCCAAGCCUCGACUCUUAACUCUCGACUUCGCUUCUCGACCUUCGUUCUUUGCUUCUUUUUCUGCAGUCCUGCACAUGCCGUCCCUCCUCCCCACGAGCCUCGCAACAACAAUCCUCUGAACAUCCAGUGGGGUCCGGCUCCAUCGCCCGAGGACGGUCCGCCCGCAUCUGCAAACGCACUGAGGGAUCCCGCCUACCUGCCUUACCAGAUAGGCGCAAUCGUCGGUUCUUACGGCGUGUCAUUGGUGCUGGUCGCCGUUUUGCUGCUCGUACUGUCCAAGAGACGUCGCGAGGCCCUCUCUGCCGGUGACGACGAGAUCGAUUUUGACGAACCAAAGUCGUCGCCCCGGUCACUGAGGCUUACCUUGGAGGUGCCGAACUCGCCCAGGAGCAUCCCGCGGAGCCCCGUCCGCAACUUUUCGUACCCUUCCCCGGAGGACUACCAGGACCCGGGACCUUCUCCCCAGACGCCUUACGUCGCCCCGACGCCCACGUCGACGCUGCACGCACCCGGUACAGACUUUUCCGUGGAUCAGAGAGUCGUACAGAAAGACAAGAAAAUGGCGCAGACGCAGCUCGAGGAGAUGUACAAGUACGUGAUGGAGCAGGAGGAGGCCAAGGCGCAGGGCAUCACGCUGCGGGACUCGCCGGUGCUCGCGAGCGGCUCGCAGUUCCCGCCGCCGAACAACGCCAACUUUGGCAAGCCGACGCUCAAGAAGGAGAAGCACAAGCCGGCCAACCUGAACCUCUCGGAGGGCAAGCCGGAGAAGCAGUCCCGGGCGUCGUCCAUCUUCUCGGCCCUGCGGUCUCCGAAAAAGAACAAGCACGUCAAGGGGAUCAGCAUCUCGUCCCCGAUCAUGACGCCGAUGACGGGGACUUUCCCGGGCGCGAGGCAGGAGUCCCAAGAGAUGAACGCCAUCCCGCCGCGGCAGUACGCGCCGCCUCCGCCUCCGCCGGUCCCCACCAACCAGGUCCCGUACGGGGUGUACCAGGAGAACGGACAGGUGUCGCCCAUCACGCCGGACCUCUCGCCGGAGAGCACGCAGAGCAUCGACGAGCGGAUCGGAGCGCAGAUCUCCAUCGGCCACGCCCGCAAGCCGUCGGCAGCGCCGUCUGCGUCUGCGGCGUCCGAGGUGGACCCCAACUCGGCCACCACGGAGAGGUCCACGGCCCCGCUCAUCGGCCUCCCGCAGUCCCCGAAGCCGGGAGCCCGGUUCCCCACGCUGCCCGCGUCGCCCAAGCCCGGCGCCACAUUCGCACCCUCCCUGCCCUCUUCCCCUCAGCCGGGGGCCACAUUCCGGUCCAAGGCUCCGUCGGCAGUGCGUACCGGGGGCGCCCUGCCGCUGCGUGCAUACGAGCCGGCCCUCAGCUCGCCAUCCAUGACUUCGCAGACCACCAAGCAGACCGUGUUCACACGCACGGGGCCGUUGUCACCGUCGGGAGCCCGCACGCCGGCAACAGGCAUGGCGGUGCCGUACUCCCCGUACCAGCCGUUUACGCCCAUCGUGCCCAUGACACCGUCGCUUGUGACCAAGGCGGACCGCAAGAGGAUGAAGAGGCUGGAGCCCAAGACGCCGACGCUGGAGAUGGUCAAGAGCGAGGACGACAUCUGGUGA